GCCGUUUAGAUGCUGGGAUAAUUUUGUCUUGAGUUAACGAAGAAUUUUGGGCUGAAAGAAACUCUUACGUGAGAAAUUUAUCAGCGAAAGAAAGAGUGAGCGAAGUGAAUGGGCAGAAACGUUUCCCAACGUCGCAGUCGACGGGUAGUGCACUGUCAGAAUUACCUCUGAAGAUGGCAGAAGACACGCACGAGGAUACCCCCGUCGAAGGGAUUGCUCUCAAAAGACGAGUCGGCCUCGUAAGCGGAGUAGCACUAAUCGUGGGAACUAUGAUAGGUUCAGGUAUCUUCGUUUCACCAAAAGGUGUUCUGCUGAGAUCAGGUUCAGUCGGUGUCAGCCUUAUAAUAUGGGCAGGUUGCGGCAUAUUGUCUCUGCUAGGUGCUUUGUGUUAUGCAGAAUUGGGAACUAUGAUAACAAAAUCUGGUGCAGAAUACAGUUAUAUGAUGGAUGCGUUUGGACCUCUACCUGCCUUCCUCUUCUCUUGGGUUUCUGUAUUCGUACUCAAGCCUUCUAUGAUGGCUAUCAUUUGCUUGUCGUUGGGAGAAUACGUCGUAGAGCCUCUUAAUAUUGGAUGCGGACAAGAUACGCUUCCUGUUAAGCUAGUCGCAGCAUUAGCCAUCGGGGUGAUAACAUACAUCAACUGCCUUAGUGUAAAGUUAGCCACAAGAAUCCAGAACUUCUUCACAGCAGCAAAGUUACUGGCAAUUGCUAUCAUCGUCGUCGGAGGAUCCAUUAAACUCAUGCAAGGUCACACUCAGCACCUGGCAAAUGGUUUUGAUGGUAGCAGAGUCACUUUCUCGGACAUUGCAACUGCGUUCUACAGUGGUUUGUGGGCCUACGACGGAUGGAACAACCUCAAUUAUGUGACGGAAGAACUCAAGAAUCCAUACGUAAAUCUACCAUUAGCCAUAGCCAUUGGAAUACCUUUAGUAACACUGUGUUACGUGUUGGUGAACGUAUCUUAUAUAUCUGUGAUGUCAUCGGCAGAGUUACUUGCUUCAGAAGCCGUGGCUGUGACAUGGGCCCAUCGUGUCUUAGGCGUUUUAUCAUUUGUGAUGCCCAUAUCAGUUAUUCUCAGCACAUUCGGAGCUGGAAACGGAUCUUGCUUCACUGGAGGAAGAUUAUGCUACGUAGCAGCACGUGAAGGUCAUCUUGUGGACAUUUUAUCGUAUCUACAUGUGCGCCGUCUCACACCAUCUCCAGCUCUCAUCUUCAACGCUGUCUUGGCUAUAUGCAUGAUCAUUCCUGGAGAUAUUGGGAGCCUCAUAGACUUCUUCAGCUUCACAGCAUGGCUCUUCUAUGGUUUAACUUUUCUCGCCCUCAUAGUUAUGCGACACACCAAGAAGGAUCUAAGAAGACCUUACAAGGUUCCAAUCGUCAUUGCGUACAUUGUACUUUUCAUCUCCAUGUUCCUGGUGGUAGCUCCGAUUGCACAAGAUCCUCAAAUCGAAUACCUUUAUGCCUCUCUGUUUGUGCUGUCGGGUCUCCUGAUCUACAUUCCCUUUGUCCAUUAUAAAAUACACCUCAACAUUAUGGGAAAUAUUACCAUAUUUUGCCAACUACUUCUUGAAGUAGCCCCUACCAAAUAUGUGCCCGACUGAAAAUACCUGCUUGAUGGUUAACUUAGGAAGUUCAAGAAGAGGGUGUCGACAUCUGAUUCUUGUUAAAGCCACUCAAAGUGAUAUAUUCCAAUCGAAGUUGGUGAUAAACAAAUUUAGAAAUUAAUAGAAAUCAAAUUUUUAAACAGCAAAGUAAAUCCAUUGUUUCGAUAUAUCAUCGAAAUUUUGUUUCAUCGAUGUAUUUCAGUGUCAAUAUUCCAUUGGAGCUCAACAUGCAUUCGAACAGUACAUUUACCGGUGCUCUUCCACAAACUGCAUUGUUGCCACCCGGCGGUUUCGGAGAGAAAAAAGUAUUCCGUGGGAAUAUUUAUUUCCGAAUCGUCUUUCAUGUGAUGAAUGAGGUGUUUAGGUUUUAAAGACUAAGCUUGUUUGAAACUAUUGUUUUGCUCAUAACAUAUUAAUGCAUCAAAGUAUCGUUUAUAUAUAUUUCAUGAUACUUUGAUGCACGUGGUGCACUACAGUUGACAAAUAUACAUACCAUAUUACUUAAAUUACAGAGAAAUUUUAAUAGCAUAAUCUGUACUGAAAUAAGUUGCUAGUCAUCAAUAUUAAUAUUUUUCAUGAAUUUAUCAUGAAAUCUUUUUUUUCAUAUAUUUACAUAAUUUUUGUACUUUUGCUAAACUUUUAUAUCUCAAGUUUUGAAUUUGUAACUCUGGAAUCUAAGUAAUAUGGUAGAACACGUAAAAUAAAUUUAUAUCCUUGUUAUAUGCUUAACUAUCAUUUUUAAAUUUAAUAUUUUCAGUCAUCGAGAGUAUCUAAAUGUAAUGCAUUGAUUAAACAGCUAUGAAAACAGAUGAAAGCGUUUUUAAGAAAUCAAACAUUUAGUAUUUUCUUUCUUGGGAAUGAAGAUAAAAAUAAUCUGUUUUUAACGUAACGCUCCGUUAGUUCUGACUAAAUGUUGUUGGUGGUCUAAAAUCACUGAAAUUUUACAACUGCUAAAUCAAGAAAAUUCUAAAAAUGCUCUAAUUUUUAACAAGAAGACUGUCAUUUCAACUUGCACUUAUCAAAAUUCACUUUCUCAAGUUCCCUGUAAAGAGUUGUUCAGAAGCAAUCUCCAAUACGUACAACUAGAAGUUUUUAUCAUUUUCAUUAGCACGGACUGACUUUUUUCUUUUCCCCUCUUGCAAAAAUGAUUGCAAUUUUAAUAACGUUUCUCUGUUUUUAUUGAAACUUUUACUCAGUAUUAUUUACAAAAUUCUGCAUAGUAUUUGUAUCGGAAUAAAUCUUUUAUGUUACUUUCUCCAAAUAACAGAUUCAUUUAAAUUUUAAAUCUUAAUUUCUCUAACUAAAUUAAACUUUGCUAAAACUUUUGUUUUAUUACCCAUUAACAGCAAUGUUUAGAAAGUACUGUUGCAAAAUUUAGCAAACUUCAAUCCUAGAUUAGCGUCUAUUUUUUAAAAAAAGGAUUCUUUGGCUCUACAGACGAAAUGACGCAAAUAUAUUCUUGAAUCUAUUAUGUACCUCUCAGAGGAGAUUCUAUUUAUGAACUUAAUUUUAACCUAGCAGCCUAGCUUAGGUUACAGAAAUGUCCAUGCGAGUUAUUGUUAGCGUAAGAAUAAAAAACUUGCAAACAGCCAAAUAAAUAAUAACUAAAAGUUAGUUUGGACAACAGUUUGUGAUAUAACUUAAAAUAAUUUAGAAUGUCAAAAACUGAAGACUCGCUACAUUGUGAACAAAUUUCAAAUGUCGGCCUAAAAUCACUUAAAGUUUGCAACAACUAAAUAGAUUAGUCUUUUAAUUUCAAUAUUCGAUUAGACUCUAAAUUUUAAUAAAAAGUUUCUCAUUUUAAUUUGUAAUUGCCAAAAUUCAUUUCUCCAGUUCCCUGCCAGAGAACUUUCAGUGGUAACGACCAACGCAAUGAACACAGCCAGAAGUGCUGAGAAAUAAUGGUAUUUAAACUUACUUUGGCACGAGUGAGAUUUUCAUAAAACUUCUGAAUUGGAGGAUUAACCUUAACUUGAAUUAUAGAAAGCCAAGGAGGACAGAAAAUGUAAAAUUAAAAUGUAACUUUUAGGAUAAUAACAUAAUUUUUGCAGCUAAGCAACAAUAUAGCUUAUUUAAAGAAUCUGUUUUUAUUUCGACAAUUCCGUGGAAUGUCCUUUCCAAUUUAGUGUUAAUUUGCAUUCAGAGUUUACCUUUUAAAGACAUUUGUCUUAAUACUUGUGUGUUUUAUGUUUUAAGACGAUUUUUCAGGGAUACUUACUGAUAAAAUUGACAGAUCAGAUCAAUGUUCAAUCCUCAUUAAUACCAACUUUUAAAAGCAAUGUUCGCAGUGAGCUGAAUAUUAUCUCAUAAGUUGUUACAACGAAAGAGGCUAAAAAAAUUGAUCUUGACGGUUAUAAAACAUCUUUGAUUUUAAUAAAAAAAAAAGAAAUUCACAUUCAGUGGAAACGUUAAAACGUUUUGCAAUAGCAAAUACCAGAGCUGAUAACAAUUUUAACAGCGUAGAGAAAACUACACUUCUACUAUAAAAAUUACAAAAAAAAUUAAUAUUAUUGCUAUAAAAAUAUAAUCUAAGCUAAGAUAUUUCAUGACAGAGUUUUAAAUUAGGUUUAUUUCCCACUGAUUUUUGUAAAAAUAGAAUUUAAAUUUCAAGACAUGCAAUAUAGAAAUGUUACUUAAAGAUGAGAAAACAGUUGUUCUGCAGCUGAGUAUAUAAGAUAUCACAUUAGAAAGUUUUAUUAAUCCCGCAAGUGCUAUAAAAACUCAUAAAAAUCCUGAAUUAAAUAGCAUUAUAUCAAAUAAGAUUUAAAAAUAAACAGUAUUAGUUUUAGAUAAUAAAAUUCCUUUUUAUUAAAACUAGAUAUUUAUUCCAAAUUUAGCCAUUUUUAAACAUCAGCUCCAUUUAAUGAAAUAAAGUAGUUUCAUGGAACGUAAUUUUUAAAUGUUUGUUUUACAAAUAUUUAUUUUUUACGAAUUUACCCAAAAUUUAUGAAAGGUUACUCUGAGUAUUAACUAACAACUAUAACGGAACAUAUAAUAGCUGUUAAGCUAUAUUCAGAAUAAAGCUGUUACGGUAGAAUAUAUAUGACACACGUUUAUUUAGGUUUUUCGGUGGAAUAUAGAGUUACAAUGAUUUCAUAUCACCACAUACUUCUUUAAUCAUCUUUUGCUUUGCAAACAAAAGAUUUUUCCCAGACAUGUUUAUAAAAAUCUUACUUUCUUCCGCGUAAUAAGUCCUAGCAGUUAUUUUGAAAUACGUUACUUUUCAAUCGUAAGUACUCGCUCGUACUUCAAUUUUUAUAGUUAAAGUCAUAUGAAAGUAUUAUUGUGAAUUGUAACUCAUUUCUUUUAUAAAAAUUCUUUUCUAAAAUCUCCCAUUGUUUCAGAAGAAAUUUAUUCCCUUUUCUAAAGAAAGUAUUUUUACAUGCUUAUUGGAGACAUAACAUCAGUUUAAUAUAUUAAAAAAUAAUUAAUUACGCAAAUACAAGAAUUUAUAAAUAGACACUGAACAAUCGUUAUCAAUUACGGAAAAUUUAAAGCUCCUUUAUCACUCUUACAAAACCGUAUGAAAAUGCCGUGGUUCAUUUUUACAAUUCGUGCACCAAAACAAAACGCACGAAAAUGAAAGCAUGUUUAUUUCGAUUAGAGACUCGCUAUCGUUCCUAAUAUAUUUAAAGAUUAAUCACUGUGCCUGCAAUAAUGGCAUGAAGAUAAAGAGAAUAUCUAAAACUUGUUUUUGAUAUCAAAUUAGUACAUUAAAUUGCGCAAUUGCGAACUCAUUCCUAUUUUAUCAACCUCUCGAUGACUAGAUGAAAAGAGAGAAAAGUGCACCAUUAAUCUAAAAAAAAGUUUCUAUAUUACUGUUAUUUGUUUUAGAGAAAUAUAAUGAUUGUUGUUUUUAUCAUGGUACAGCUGAAUUUUAAGUGACAGACAAACCUACUUUAGAACACAUAGUGUUAAAUGCAGUGCUGUUCAACACUUUGACCUAACUAUAUUAAGCAAUAAGUCAAACAAUGAAUAAGCUCUAUUUAAUAUCAUAUUCUAUAUCAAAGCAACACCAAACGGUAAAUAUAAACGAUAAAUACAUUCACGCAUUUCUUAAAAUUCAAUAAAACUUAAUUUUAAGAAGAAAAUUAUGUUCAUUCGAUGCAGCUAAAAAAUAAAAGGCAUUCCUCGUUGAGCAUUCAGUAUAUUUUAAUAUCAAAAUUGUAAUAAAUAUAAAUAUCUUUUACUAUUAAAAAGGAAAUAAGUUAAACUAAAUUCACUGUAGUAAAUAUUAACAAAUUUUUCGAAGCGCAUGAAUCUUGUAAUAAAAGCCAAGGAAUUGAAAGAACAUGAUUGUGCCCCAUUGGAUCUAUUUAUUGGUUUAUUUCCUUUACUCAUACAUCCAGUAAACUAACUUGCAAAAAUUAUUGCAUUGUUUAGUUCAUUGCUCGAGGCAGCCAUUCCGAAAAGUUGGCAAAUAAUUAUAAUAAAUGAGAAAACAAAUAGUUUACCAUAAAACGAAUUAUACGGUUGAUUUUUGAAUCACACUCAUCUAUUUUCAAGCAUAUUUAUAAUAAAGUCAUACAACGUUCAAAUUUAGAAUAUAGAGAGAAGUCUUAGUAAUAUAAAGCACAGAACAUUCCAUCUGUAUUAAUAGUAGCAGCAAAAUAUUUAUCGCUGCCAAACAUUUCUGAAAACUUUGUUAGAAUUGUCAACCUGAGAAAUAUUACCAAUUUUUAGGACAGCAUGUAUUUCAUUUGUUUUUGUUAUAAAAUGUGUGCUAAUUUAUUUUUUAAAAAAUACAAUUUAAUACAAAUAGCAUAAAUUUAGAUAAUUAACAUAAUUUAUAUCACUCAGUAAAUAAUGUAAGUUCAACGUUAUAGUUUUAAUAGUAAUUAAAGAUGGAAUAUUGCAAUUAAUAAAUGUAGCGACAAAAACAUGAUCCUACACGUUGCCAGCAUCAGUUUAUUUUAAUGUCUUAUGUACAAGAAAAGAUUCUAAAGCCUAUUCAUUUCAAAGAAAUACUUCAAAAUAAUGACUUAACAUUCUUACCAAGGCUUGUCACUUUUAUUUCUUUUUCCUUUAACUGGCUAAUUUGUGGAAGCAUUUUGCUAUAAUUUUCCCUAUAGUUGCUUGGACAGAAGAACCUAAUUCUGACAUAUGUAAAAAUGCGAAGAAUUCACUCAGAUAAUCAAACGCACAGAACUUAAAAGUGUUAUUUAAACAUUUUCCUUAGAGAAAUUGCAGACGAUAUAAUUUAAAAUAGUAAAUAUUAUCUAAUGAUAUUUUCUCUUUUUAAAUUAUAAUGAUAUAUUUAAAAAUAUUAAACUUUUGUAAGAUUACAUAACUUAAAAUAUUUACUAUGUUUAUUAAUUUAAAAUAGUAAAUAUUUGUGAAACUAUGUAAUUUCAAGAAUUAAAGGAACUUUCGUAUGCUUUUAUUUACUUUCGAUGAAUGGACUACAGACGAGAAACUUUGACUGCACAGUAAACCUAUUUUCGAGUGAAGAGUUGUUGGAAAAUAGCUAAUCACUGCUCAUUUCGUGAAUAUUCAAACACAUUCGGAAGUAGGUGUGGAUAAGCUGCUCUAAAAGUUUUUCAAUAAAUAAAUUUAACUUCUGAUAUUGUAAUUGGCACCACCUAUGCAUCAAUUUUUAUUACCAAAAUUUCCAGCUUAAACCAAAUCAUUUUGAAGUUCGAGUAAACAUUGAGGUUCUUUGCAAAGUUGUUUUGGAGUAUGGUAAAACAAUGUAAUGAAAACUGCUAUAACCGGAAUAUGAUCAUUUUGAAAUAAUUGAAUUUCCUAACCCUUCAAAAUAAUUUGAACUUCAUAUUUUUCAAUGCUAUAUUGCUGAACAUUUUGAUUUUUAUGUAAAUCCAUGAUAUCAAAUUUUAUUCUUCAAGAUAUGAAUAUAGAACAUGACAAUAUUUCAUAUAUCCCUCCCCCCCAAAAAAAAUGUCUAAUAGAAAAUAAUGCGUAGAUUCCAAGCUUAAACAAAAUAAUGGACAACUCGAUUUUACAUGAUUGACAUAUGGCAUGAGAGAAAAUUUUAAAAUAAGAAAUAUCAGUGUUUAAGCUGUUAUUGCAUACAUUUGGUUUAGUUGCAAAAUCUGAAAUAUAAUUUUUCUUUAAUUUAUAUGUUUUUGUAUUGUGUCACCUCCUACAUUUAAUUUUUUAAUCUUAUUUACAUUAUUUCUUUCGUCUGCAGAUUCAUUUCAGAUAUUAGAAACACAACAAAUAACCAAAUUUGUAGAUUACAACAUACACCUGAACUUAUAUUACAAAAAAGAAAAAAUCAAACUAGAUUCUAAGGUUGUAAAAUAUUCUUCCUUUUUGCUAAAGUACAAAAUUACUUAUUCGUAGCAAUCUGAGAAAACAUUUAAGAAUGAUUUUUCAUAAAGCAAUUGCUAAUGUUAAUAAUAGUCUUAAGUAAAAUUGAAAGUCUUAGAAUUCAGGUUAUUUAUGAAAAAUAUAUUCAUUAAAACCAAAUUUAUAAUUAGAAGCUUUUUCUUUUUAAAAAAUUACAUCACUGCAUGAAAGGUAAAUGCAAUACAGAUCAUGAUAUAUGAAAGUUGUUAUUAUUAUGAUAAAUCAGCUCAUAUUAUCCAAUUAUAAGCAGAAACAUAAAAUAUAAUUAAAAUAAAAAUGUUCAUAAAAUGCAUUUUAAGUGAGGCGCAUGAUUUCAGGAUAUAGUAUUACGACAUCCUAAAUCUAUAACUACCCAAUUCUAUUAAUACUUAAAAGAUUUCUUCAUCAUGAAAAUAUGUGAUAAUAAAUAAUACUAUUCGCAAAGUAAGUAAACUAAAAGUAUUAAGCAAUUUUUUUAAGAACAGUUCUAAAUUCAUUAAAAUAUUAUUUAAGGCUGAAAUACACUGUACAAAAGAAAUGAAAACUCUAAACAAAAUGUAGGAUUAUCUAAACUAAAAAAUUCCGCUGUGCCAGAAAUAACGAAUGUUCGAAAUAAACACAAUGUUUUGGUAGAAAAUUAUUUUUUUGCAGCUUGCUGUUGUAUCUACAGAAAGAAAAUGGCUCCUUUUGACUUAAAUAAAAAAUGGGAAUUUUUCAAUAAAAUAUUUCAAAAUAUUUA